AUGGGAAUCCCACUCAUAUGGACACCACCUGCACAAUCUGGUGCAAGUAAUAACCGCAGAAACAACGCGAAAUCUCACCCCUUAGCCCCAUCGCGCUCCACUAUCCGGCGCCAACGACCCUUCCGCCGCUUUCAAAGAGGCAAUAAUGAUACAAAUAGUGACAAUGGUUCAAGUCGAAACCAUGGCUACGUGCCUUAUUACCGGUCCUCAAUGCCCCAAUGGGUAGAGACCCUCAGUCGCGAAAUCCUUGGCGACUCUACCACCGGCGAACAAGGAAGUGUCCGCAACCCUUCCUCCCAGGAUAAUGAGUCUCGAUUGGACUGGCCUUCCUCUGCUGUAUCGUCUUCCUCCUCCACUUUAGCGAGACGUGAAAUUGGCCAGCAGUUGGCCAGAGAUGUCGUGCGCUAUGAAGCGCCAGGUCUCCGCAUGAGGAUCCCCCGCGAGUCAUCAUUGAACUCCGACACGCUGUAUACCCCCUUGUGGCCUCCAAGGAAUGGGCCCUCCCGCCAAUCAGCAUCGAAUGGCAAUGCGACUAGCUCCCGGCCGGCGGUGUCUCCCCCGGACUUGGCUCCCUACAGCCCUAGGUUUGCACCGGCAUUCCCACCAAGUAACAACAACAGUAAUGAGCUCACAGCUCCUGCCAGUUACACCUCGUCCACCACCACACUCCGACUUGAACGAAGUUCCUACUACGGCGACGGCGCCAACGAUGACGAAGACGAAGACGACGACGAUGAUGAGCAUAAUAUGUGGGAAACCUUAUUCACAACAAUAACACCAGACGAUAAUCUCCCCAGCUUCGAAUCCUCAUUUACCUCUGCCACGGCAUCCGCCUCCACAGCACCCACCCGCAGCUCAGCCAACUCCUCACAAACAACACUCCCCUCGUCAAUUGGUGUCGCUAACCCGACCCGCCUCUUUAUCCCCCUCGAAUCAUUCGCCGAUCAGGGCAACCACUGCGAUUUCCUCUCCUCGUCCGAAGGCUCAGAUACAGAGCCUGAGUCAGACAUGGAGCGCGAUCCCGCACGUGCUCGUGUGGCUUAUCGUCAUCGUUAUCAACCCCGUCGCCCAAGUCCGCUCCCAACAACAACAACAACAACGUCAGCGAUAUCAUCGUCAUUGCUAUCGAUAUCGACGCUGCCAUCGCGGGAGGAUAGUAGCCAACAGCAGCAACGAGAGUCUCGACAACAUCAACAGCAACAAUCCAACACUCCCACGGAAACGGACUCGUCAACACCAACUCCAUCCUCAUUUAAUGUCUCCUUCGGCCAGAGUAAUGUCCUGGAAGAUCUUCAUCAGGUCCAAGCUAUCAUUGACCGGCUGUCGCGGAGACAGGAUAUUCCGGAUGAAUGGUGGGCAGCUGUGGGUUUAUCGAGGAAUUUGGGUCGUGGUGUUACUGAUGUCCCUGCUCGAAGUGGUAGUAGUGGUAAUACCAAUACCAAUACCAAUACCAAUGCUUCUUGA